AGAAAUAAAGAAAGGGAUCGAUUAUUCUGCUGUCUCUCCCCUCUCUCCAGGCUCUGAGCUCUUAAGCUUUCAGUCAACUUUCAAAGAGAGCUGAAGAAGAUGUGUAGGCUUUGAUAAAAAAAAUGGAUACGCCAGAUAAAACCCAUAUCACCCCCACUUCUAAUCUUUCCAAAUUUGAGGAUUCACCUGUCUUUAAAUACAUUGACAGUCUUUCACCUAUUGAGCUAGCUAAGUCCAAGCAAACAGAUAAUGUUUUCAGUUCACUAGCAUUUUUGUCCCCUUCAUCUUUAUUUCCUUCCCCACAAAUUAGUUUCCUUAGGGAAUCCAGGUUUUCAGUUAAAAGGCAUAAUUUCUUGUCACCUUCAACCUCUAAAACCCCCCAGAGUGGUAAUGAAUCUAAUGCUAGUGAGGGAGCUUCAAAAGCUGAUGAACAAUCUGACUUGUAUGAUGAACAUUUGGGAUGUCUCAAGAAUGAUUGUUCAUCCAAAGGAACUAGCAGUAAUCUAGUUACUGACCUAUCAGAUUUAGCAACAGAGUUUCCAAGAACCUUGAAGUAUGAUUGCAGUAGUCCUGAUGGUAACUUUGAGCUUCGUGAUGAGAUACUGAGAAACAAAAGUUUGGAAGUAGCAGGAGAAGAGAGAUCUCCUUUCCAACGCAUUAGGGAUGGAUGGGAAAUGAGGCAGCUCCAUGAAAGAGAUUUGCGCAAAAUAUGCAGAGUUAAGCAGAUUGAAGAAUCAGCAGGAUGCAGCGGGGUAGCAGCUCUUUCUGGUGUUGCUGAUAUGUUGACAAUGAAUUCAUCUAUCAUUCAUGAAAAUACUGAUGGCCAGGAUCAGAGAACAGCAGACUCAGGGACAACCUCUUUUAUAUCAACUAUCAUGCAGUUUCCACUAGAUAAUGCCAAUAAUUUAAGAAAUGCAGAAUCUGGUGAUCCUAGUGGUUCUUGCAAACAAAAUGAAUCAGGAGAUCCAGUAACAGACCCAACACAAAGCAUCCUUUCUACUUGUCUACUGGACAAACUAGUAGUCAGUGAUUCAGGUUUGAAAAAGGAUGGUAAGGAUGAGAACUGCAAUCAGUCCGGCAAUCAGCAGGUUAAUAUUCGAAGGCGCUGUCUGGUGUUUGAGAAAUCACCUGGUUUCGGUUUGCACUUGAAUUCUCUUCCCAACAUCACGAAAGGUCAGAGUCCUCUUAGUAAAUCAACUCUAAGCUCUAUGGACAGGGGUGAGGUUCCCGAUGACACAGGAAAUUCUUCUGAGACACCUGCUACCUUUGGUGCCAAUGAGUCUGAUCAUAACAGUCCUGAAAAGAAGAGGCAAAAGUUCAAACUUGUCGAGGAGCGUGCUGUAUGCAAGCGAUGUAACUGUAAGAGAUCAAAAUGCUUAAAGCUUUAUUGUGACUGCUUUGCUGCUGGUCUAUACUGUAUUGAGCCUUGUGCAUGUCAAGAUUGCUUCAAUAAGCCAAUUCACGAAAAUGUGGUUUUAGAGACUCGCAGACAGAUUGAAUCUCGCAAUCCACUAGCAUUUACCCCCAAAGUGAUUAGAAGCACAGAUGGUGUUUUGGAUUCCUUGGAUGAAAUUAACAAAACUCCAGCUUCAGCCAGGCAUAAAAGAGGAUGCAACUGUAAAAGAUCAAGUUGCUUAAAGAAAUACUGUGAAUGUUUUCAGGCUGGUGUUGGAUGCUCCCUCGGCUGUAGAUGUGAAGGUUGUAAAAAUAGUUUUGGUUGGAAGGAUGGAGGUUAUGAAUCUGAAUACAACGGGGACAAUUUAGAGGCCCGUGAUAGAAAUGCAUCAGAUAAAAAGUCAGACAUAGUAAUCAGUAAAGGUCAAGAGCAUCCAAAUCUUUCAGUGCUUUCCCCUGAUAUUUCCAGGUUGCCAUUUGCCCAUAGAGGGAAGCUUGCAGCAUUUUUUCCCCAUUCCGUUAAAUCAUCUCUUCAGUUAUGCUUUACUCAAGAACAUGGUUCAUCAGACUCUUUGUCAUGUCAAUCCAGGCUUGAUUCAAAUCUUCAUGGAAUUCCAGAAAAUGAAACUCCUUAGAUUCCCAAACAUAAAGGCUUAACUCUUGUCUCAAAACCAACAUCCCCCAAAUGCAAAAGGGUUUCUUCAACUCCAAAUCAUCCUUGCAUUUCAUCCACUGCAUGGCGUAGUAGGAAGUUGAUUCUAAGAUCCGUCCCUUCUUUUCCAUCACUUGCUCCACCAUGAAAGCUCUCGUAUAUUCGUUUUCUUCCUCAUGCCGAGUUUCCAG